AUGGGCGCUCUGAAGGGCACCGGCCCCCUCUUUCUGGCGCUGCUGGUGGCCUGCCUGCUCCUGUGCGCCUCAACCCACGGCCCGCGCUAUCAGAAGUUCCUGCGGCAGCACCAUGACAACCCGCGGACCAAUGCCGGGAGGGAUUACUGCUGGGCCAUGAUGCAGCGCCGGGGCAUGGCCCGGCCCUGCAAAGACAUCAACACCUUCAUCCACGCCUCCCGGGCCCAGCUCCGGAGCGUGUGUGGGGACGGGGGCACGCCCUACCAGGGCAUGCGCCGCAGCAAGAGGCCGCUGGCCGUCACCACCUGCGAGCUCAGGCGGACGCAGGGAGCCCGGUGCAUCUACCGCAGCCAUGCGGCCUCCAGGUACAUUGUCAUUGGCUGCGUCCACGGCAUGUGGCCGGUGCAGUACAACGAGAAAGCGUGA